GCUGACAUUUCCGGGAAGAUGGCGGCCUGGAGAGCGGUUUACUCUGUUAUUUUCCGUAGAAUCGUUCCCGUGGGAGCUUCCGGGAACCGGACAUGGCUCGGGGCAGCUCGGCUCGCUGGGACAGCCCUAGCCGGGGCGGGGGCUGUGUAUACCGGGGGAAUGCUGCUGGGAUGGCCGCAGAACCGAGACCUGUUACUGCCGAGAGUGUGCGCACAGAAUGAAAGCCUUGUUGAUGAUGAUGAUCGUAAAGAGAAGCAGUCUCUCCGAAAGCGCCGAUUUAUGCAGUUUGCAUCUCUGGAAUACGAGGGGGAGUAUUUCAUGACACCAAGAGAUUUCCUCUUCUCUGUUAUGUUUGAGCAGGUGGAACGUAAAACAUCCUCCAAGAAGCUGUCCAAAAAGGAUUUUGAGACCAUGUUGUCUGAAGCAACUAAGGCAAAACCUGGAGAAACAUUUUUCAGAGAUCUGGGAGAUAAAGGGCUGAUUUCUUACACCGAAUAUUUGUUCCUUCUGACAAUACUGACAAAACCACAGAUUGGGUUUCACAUUGCAUUUAAAAUGCUGGACACAGAUGAGAAUGAACAGGUUGAAAAAAAAGAAUUUUUAAAGUUACAAAAGAUCAUUGGCACUAAAGAUGAAUUCAUGGAUCCACUUGGAAAUAAAGAAUCCUUACAGGAGACCUCUUCGGAAGGUUCAGAUAUAAAUACAACCCUGCUGGUCCACUUCUUUGGAAGGAAAGGUCGGGAAAAGCUACAUUACUCAGAAUUCUACAGAUUUGUGGAGAACAUGCAGACGGAGGUACAAGAAAUGGAAUUCAUACAGUUCUCUAAGGGUUUAAACUUCAUGAGGAAGGAAGACUUUGCAGAGUGGCUUCUUUUCUUCACAGAUGAGAACAAUGACCUUUACUGGCAAAACGUACAUUCCAGAAUCCCUCCAGGAGAGAGCAUCAGUUUGGAAGAAUUUAAAAAUUUUUAUAAGUUCAUGAAUAACCUGGAAGAUUUCUCCAUCACCGUGAAAAUGUUCAGUGUGGCAAACAGAGCUGUAAAGUUAGCGGAGUUCAAAAGGGCUGUCAAGGUGGCAACCGGCCAAGAAUUGUCAAACAAUGUUCUGGAUACGGUCUUCAAGAUCUUUGAUCUUGAUGGAGAUAACUGCUUGAGCCAUGGAGAAUUUCUAGGUGUUUUGAAGAACAGGCUUCAUCGAGGCUUAAAGCAUGUCCCACAACAACAAGGUUUUCAAGGAUACUGGAAGUGCGUCAAAAGGGAAUCCCUAAAGGGAGCAAAUGAAGUUCUGACACAAAGUGGAAAGAGUCCAUUUUAAUGUGUUUGAAGGGACCAGUUUUCCCUGUCUAUCAGGGCAUGUAUCACUUUGCUGCUUGGGUUUUUCAUGUGGUUUUGUUUACAUAUUAAUCUUUAAUUAAUGUUUACUUGUGUUUAAAAGCAUGCAUCUCAAACGCCAUCAGUUAUCCAUCAUGCCAAAACCAUGUAUAUACAUCUAGCAGAUGAUUUAAUUCACUUUAAAUGUGUUCCUUUAAAUGUAAUUGAAUACAAUAUGUUGGCUUUCCUGCUGCCAGGUAUUUCAGUGUAUACAUGUGACAUCUAAUAAAUCAUUUAAAUAAUGAUGGUUAAAAUGGUGGUGGUAAGGGCAGCGGAGGAAACUGCGGGCUUUUGUGUGCUAUAGUUUGAAUAGUAAUGGAAAAAUAAAUU